CCCAUGCUGUGAUGUGUUAUCCAGCAGGAACGAAGGUCAUUAGCUGGUAGAUGAGCAUGACAAUAGAGUACUAAACACAAAUCUAUAAUCUGUCAUGUUUUGUCGUGACCUUCUGCUAGUUAUUAGAGCCCAGAGCUACCUGCUUGUUCCUCUGGCUCUAUAAAAGAGGAGGCUCUGCACCUAGCAGUCUCCCCCUUCCCUUUGCCUCCCUUUCAUUGCUCGAUCGCUCUAAAGCCCUCCCUGUCAGAGCUAGCCAGGUUGCCAUGGCCGGGAGCGGAAGCAGCAGCGGGAGUGGGAGCAGCAGCUCGCCGUGCGCGUCGUGCAAGCUGCUACGGCGGCGGUGUACCCAGGAGUGCGUGUUCGCGCCCUACUUCCCUCCUGAGGAUCCUCAAAAGUUUGCCAUCGUCCACAAGGUCUUUGGCGCCAGCAAUGUCAGCAAGAUGCUCCAGGAGCUGCCUGCUCAGCAGAGGGCGGAUGCGGUAAGCAGCCUGGUGUACGAGGCCAACGCACGGAUGAGGGACCCUGUCUACGGCUGCGUCGGUGCCAUCUCCUACCUCCAGCAGCAAGUCUCACAACUCCAGAUGCAGCUCGCCCUCGCCAAGGCCGAGAUCCUCUGCGUCCAGAUGCAGCACGAUGGCCAUGCAACUGUUUCGUCACCACCAUUAUCAGCAUCGCAACAACUUGAGCGAAAACAGCAGCAGCUCAUGGAAUGCGAGGCGUAUGGUAGCCUGCUCAUGCAAGAUGGCCUGAUUAACGCGUCGUUCAACAGCACUGCCGCCGCCCAUCAUCAGCAGCAGAUGAUGGGCAGCUUAGGUUCCGCGGGGAACACUGCAAUGAUGCUGCAGGAGGCGUGCCUCAAGAAAGAGUCUCUGUGGACAUGAAUUAUGCAUUACUUCCAUUCGUCGAUAAGGAAACUUUGUCUCUGUCCACUUGUGUAAUUUUCCAAAAAUAUGGGAAAUCAAUUAAGAGCAGAUAAUUGGGUCACAUGACCAACAUAA